AAAACUUGUAAGCUUGUAACAUUAUAAGUUCUGUCUUUUACAAAAAAAGUCGAGAACUGGGAAGAUUUUUGUGACAUGGCUGGAAUUAAUGCUGAAGAAGUUGAGGGUUCAGCAGGCGCCGACAGUAAAGCGAACGCUGUCACCGAGGUUCCACCCGAGUUUUUGAUUAAACACCCACUCCAAAACACAUGGAGCCUUUGGUUCUACGACAAUGACAGAACGAAAUCAUGGGAAGAGAAUCAGAUUGAGCUCACAUCCUUUGACACUGUUGAGGAUUUCUGGAGAUUGUACCACCACAUAAAAUUACCCUCAGAACUUCGCCAAGGUCACGAUUAUGCAGUGUUUAAGCAAGGUAUCCGUCCCAUGUGGGAAGACGAUGCCAACAAAAUGGGUGGACGAUGGCUGAUAAGUUUGGAGAAGAAACAACGUAACUCAGAUCUAGACCGGUUUUGGCUGGACGUUGUCCUCCUUUUAAUUGGCGAAAAUUUCGAACAUGCCGAAGAAAUUUGUGGAGCAGUCGUGAACAUCAGAGCAAAGAUGGAUAAAAUUGGUGUUUGGACAGCAGAUACUUCGAAACAACAAGCUAACCUUGAAAUUGGCAGAAAAUUGAAAGAGCAGCUAGGUAUUCAUGGAAAAAUUGGCUUCCAGCUUCAUAGAGACACCAUGGUCAAGCAUAGUUCGGCUACCAAGAAUCUUUACACUGUUUAGUCAUUAUAAAAUAAUUUUUCAAGAUGCAAUGACAGUUGGGCAUGACUGAAAUAUGUUUUAUCAGUGGUCAGUUUACCGCUGUAAUUCACUGUCUCAUUGUGAUUGCUGUCAUUGAAUUAGAAUUAAAAUUUUUAUUUAACACAAGUAGUAUUUACGUUGACAUUCAUGUUUAUCUUAAGAGAGUUUAUUUUUACACUCUCGUGAUGAAUUCUAUGGUGAAGUAAAAUGAUGUCUGAUGUUUGUACUCAAGCUGUGCUUAAGUAUGUUUGUUGUGGUCACUUAGAUAUAAGUCUGUAUUCAUACUAAACUUGUCAAUACUUGUAUCCGAGCAUCACUGAGUUAUAUAUCUCGUAUUUUAUUUCGGUUGCUGUUAUCGAGACAGCGAAAUAUUGCACUUUUUAAUCUGUCUUAACUAACAAAACAUACAUAAUUUUAAAUUGUUAUGAGUCUGCCGGAGAAGAAAUAUUUUUGGUAUUUCAUAUAAAAAUUACGAAAAUAUAUUUGUGUUUUAUUUAUUAUAUAUUCAGACAAACAUGUAUAUUGGUUUAUAUACGAAUGAAAAGGAAAUAGGACUU